AUGUGGUUUCCUUCCUCUCGAGGUCCAUCAUCUCCUCCUUCUCAAGAUGCGCCUAAAUUGGUCAUGGAGCUGAUUGAUCCUUUUACGUGGACCUGGGAUAUAAAUGUUCUACAAAGGUAUUUCACACCAGCUGAUAUUGAUUUAAUUUUGACCAUACCUUUGAGUCGUAGUGCAACUUCGAAUCAACAAAUUUGGCACUUUAAUAAGAGGGGUUUCUUUACUACAAACAGUGCAUAUUAUGUGGCCAAGGAUUUAGCUCUUGGUUUGGUUUUGGCUCCAAAACCGCCUGUCGACCCGCUUCGAGUGGUCUGGAAAAAAGUUUGGAGUGCCAAAGUCCCUGGAAAAGUAGCGUUGCAUGCUUGGAGAAUUAUGGGAAAUAUUCUACCAACUCGGAUCGGCCUUAGUACUAAGGGAUAUAAUGGCGAAUUGGGGUGUGUUUUCUGCAAUCAUCCUCAUGAAGAUAGCCUACACUUAUUUGUGAAUUGUCCGUAUGCUAAAGAAGUAUGGAAUAGGGCUGGGAUACCAAUGUUGGGGGCUGCAAGUACUACCAUUCAAGAGUGGUUUACAGGGGUUGUCAACAGAUUCACCAAGGAGGAACUGUGUAAGAUCCUUAUGUUGAUUUGGGGAAUUUGGAAAAGUAGGAAUUCACAAGUCUGGGAACAACAAGGAAGGCAUGCCUCUGAGACAUGUUUUCUAACGCUUGGCUGGUAUGAAGAAUUUAAAAAACAUACUGCCUCGUCGUUGGUUCGACAGGCGAGGUCAAUAAGAUGGAAGGCACCAAAUCCGGGAAAGGUAAAGAUCAAUGUUGAUGGUGCAUAUCAGGUGGCCUCUCGACGAGGAGGAGUGGGAUGUGUAAUCCGUGCUAGUGAUGGCAGCUUUGUAGCUGGACAGGCUCGGCCAUAUACCCUUCUCACCUCUCCAUUUCAUGCUGAAUUACUAGCUUUGCGCGAUGGACUCUUUCUAGCUCAAACACUGCAGCAAAAUGAGGUAAUUUUUGAGAUUGACUGUGCACUUUUGGUACAAGCUAUUCAGUCACCAACUUAUGACCUUUCUACUAUGCAUAUAUUGAUUGGGGAAGUCAGAACUCUGUUACAGACCCAUCCUGGGUUCAGUCUUACUCAUGUAAACAGAGAAGCAAAUGUAGUUGCACAUUUGCUUGCUUCUCAUGCGUUGAGAACUAGUGAUAGUCAAAUGUGGCUUGUAACAGCUCCCGAAAUUAUAAGGGAUGCCAUUCGAAAUGAUGUAAUCGUUAUCUGA